UGUAUGCACGUAAAAAGAAAAAAAAAAAAAAAGUGAGGUCUGGUGCAGCACCGGAGUCCGGCCCUCAGCGUUCGAGUGGCUCAUCUCACCAAGCUGCCCUGCUCUUGAAGUGGGUGAAAAAAAAUUGUAGAAAAAAUUUGUCUUCGAUUACGGUCGAGAGCAAAAUAACACAGCGACGAGAAGCGGAAAACCAAAGGCGCAACUUUCUCUUGUUAUGAACACAGUUUCCUGAUCCAAAAACAUCUGACCAAACCCUAAUUCUUCAACGGAAUCCGAUCUCGAUCAUCCCUGUCACCCGGUCGCGGGAGUCUCGUCGUCGACAUACCGAAAGUCGCGUACUUUGACUUCUGUUUAAUUAUAAUUUAUAAUUACUUGAAUCGCGGUAUCUCGCUGGAGAUGGUAAUAUCCGGCGGAACAUCUUCCGGCCGCGGCCUUGGUGUCGAUCGAUUCUACAAUCCACCGGCCGUGAGGAGGCAACUUGAGCAGCAGAGGCAGCAGCAGCAGCAGCAGGAGGCGGCGCUGCAACGGCCGGGAAAGGCCAAGCCCAAGCCUGCCACGCCGCCUUUUAUGGAGGUCCCUGCCAUCGAUAGGCCGGUUGAGAACAGAGCUCAGUCUGAUGAUUCUUCGAAACCAUCGCUUUCUUCUUCUUCCUCGUCAUCAUCGGCCUCUCAUUCUCCUUCCCCUUCUCCUCCUCCGAGGUCUAUGUCUCCAGUUGCGAAUUUGGAUCGGUUUUUGGAGUCCACGACUCCGAUGGUUACACCUCAGUACUUUCACAUGACGAACAGUAAAGGGUGGAGGAAGCACGAUGGUGUGGAAUUGCGUCCCUACUUCACUCUUGGAGAUUUAUGGGAGUCUUUCGAAGAGUGGAGUGCAUAUGGUGCUGGAGUGCCAUUGGUAUUGAAUGGCGGGGACUGUGUUGUACAAUAUUAUGUUCCAUAUUUGUCUGCUAUCCAGCUUUAUACGAAUGCAUCCAGGACUACAUUUAGAGCAAGGCGACUUGGCGAGGAAAGCAAUGCUGGAAUUUAUCAGGAUACGAGCAGUGAUGUUAGCAGUGAGAGUGAAACUGAACGAACAUUUAGAAAGAGAAGGGAUUCUUCAACAACUCAUAAAGAUCAGCAUGGUCUUGUUGGUGAAGAAAAUGGAGUUUGCAAGCAGACAAUGCUACCAGUAUUCGAGUAUCUGGAGCAUAAUCCUCCCUAUGGAAGAGAACCCUUAGCAGAGAAGAUUUCACUACUCGCAAACAAAUUUCCUCAGCUAAUGACAUACAGGAGUUGUGAUUUGCUUCCCAAGAGUUGGAUAUCUGUUGCUUGGUAUCCUAUAUACAGGAUACCCACUGGACCAACAUUACGGGAUUUGGAUGCUUGCUUUUUGACUUUCCAUACUUUGUCAACUCCACUCAAAAAUUCAUGCAAUGGACAUUCUGAGCUGAAUGAUAGCUGUAGAGUCAGAGAAGCUAAUGACUUUACCCAGAUGCCAGCUAAGUUAUCAUUGCCUGUAUUUGGUUUAGCUUCAUACAAGCUCAAAGGUUCAAUUUGGACUAAUAAAAAUCUUUAUGAGCAGCAGUUUGCAAGUUCUUUAUUGCAAGCUGCUGAGGAAUGGCUUCAGUUUCAAAAGGUGGAUCAUCCAGACUUUCGGUUCUUUCUCUCACAUUACAACACAAGUUAACUGUGAUGGAGUCUGUAAAUAUUUUCUUUUUGCACUAGUUUAAGGUCUUUUGGUGCCUUCAACCCUCACAAGUAUUGCAUUGUUUUGACUAGGUAUAUCUAACAAUCUAUAAUUUAUCUAGAUCUUUGAAUUUGUAUGUAGAUAACGCGAUAGACCCUUGUACCCUCUUUUAGAAAAUUUGGAAGACAACUUGGAUUGGUGAAAUGUUGUUUGAUUGAUAAAGGAAAAGGCUCUUAGGCUUCCUGAGUGAAGCUAGAUUAUUUUGGGAGAGGUUGUAUGGUGCAAUGGGGGAUCAAGUCCAAUAGGUAAAUUUUUGUAUAUGCUGCAUUGUGUUUAUGAUGCUGACAGUUUCAUUAAUUGGUCAUUUUGGACAAA